AUGAAAGGUGUCAGUAGUAUUUCCUCUGUUAACUCAUUUCCUACUACAUCACCUUACUUCUACUCUCAAGUUGAAAAGCAAUGGCCUAAGAGAUUUGCCUUGAGUACAAAGCCAAUGCAUAUGAGGCAUUCAAAUGGAUGUAAAGUGAGAGCAACUUUGGAUGCUAAUAAAUCAAUUGAAAUUCCUCAUCAAUGGUACAAUCUAGUGGCAGAUCUUCCAAUUAAACCACCUCCACCAUUGCAUCCCAAGACUUUUGAACCUAUCAAACCGGAAGAUUUGUCGCCUCUUUUUCCUGAUGAAUUAAUCAGACAAGAGGUGACAACCGAUAGGUUCAUAGACAUACCGGAUGAAGUUCGUGAUGUUUACAAGCUUUGGCGCCCAACCCCUCUCAUCAGAGCCAAGAGGUUGGAAAAGCUUCUUGAUACACCUGCUAGAAUUUACUACAAAUAUGAAGGUGUAAGCCCAGCAGGGUCCCACAAACCUAACUCUGCUGUUCCACAAGCAUGA